GGUUUAAUUCACGGUUUCAUAGAGAGUAAAAGAGUUGACGAAAACUCGUUGCAGACGCCUGAUGAUCGCGAAACUUGGGAUGUCGAAGCGUGGCGAGCAGAAAUAGAACGAACUUUGGGCCAUUCAACAUCAUCUCCUCCUUCUGAACGCCCCAAAGGACCACGUCCAUCGUCAGUCAAUGCUGGUAUUCCCCCGAAUAUGCCAGCUCGACACAAAGCGCGAAGCAGUGUGGAUGGCGCUGUGUCCCGGCGCCCUAUCGAACGGGACCGAGAUGGAACGAUGAGCGAAGACAUUCAUAGUGGUGGUGGCAGUGGACGAGAGGGUGUCCUCCUCCCCCGGAACCGAAAUGGAUCUAUCUCUCGCACGAGCGACGGCCUUGCUCCUCGACCGAGUAUCAGCACCACGGCUAGUGCGAGUGGCACACUAGAGAACCAGUACGGCAGAAGGAGAUCCCGUUCGAGAUCGGGUUCAUUGUCCCAUGGUCAACCUACUCUAGCCCAACCACCCACGGCCAACACAACCGACAAUACUACCUCCAAUCCGAUGAUGAAUAUGGCCGUACCACCGCCUGUGAGCAAGUACAGGAACGAUACCCAAGCGCCAGGUCAUACAGCUGGACAACCUAGCAUCACCUCUGUCACCAGCACGGCCCUCUCCAGCCCAACCUCUCACAGUUCGCAUGCCAAUACCACCGCCUUUUCUCCUAUGACAACCACCUCCUCCCUCAACCGUUCCCUGUCGGAAAAGCCACUCGGUUAUCAUCCUUCUCAUCACCACCAACAUCACCACAGUCAACCCACGUAUGGACCUUCCUACUCUCAAGGCCCGAACGCAUGGGGUGGCGGGUACAAAGUACAUCACCACGCCGGCUCCUGGAGUGCAGGUGGACAAGGAGGGGCAACUGGUGUUAGCAGAUCGCACUCUGCCACCGCCGCACUUCCACCAUCAUCAACCUCGUCCAGCAUGACCGCCGCGAGCUUCAACAACUACCCACCAAACAACGGGAACGGCUACCCCGCCUCUUCCGGCUCCUACGCAGGUUCCAACAGCCACCUUCCUAACGGACGAAAGCCUAUCCCGGCCCAACGACGCAAGCCCGUCCCCCAACACUUGCCAGCGACGGCCGAAGUCUCUCCCUUCCCGACUCUUCUGGUCGUGAACCGUGAAUCCAAAGUGGUACCUGCAGCACCCUUUGAAUACCCCGCCGCAGUGGACGGCAUGGACAGGUCGGCGGCUGCUCCCCCGACGAUUGUCUCCAUCUCUCAG